AUGCCGGCAGCAGUAGAGCCUGCUCGUGUCUACACAGUCUCGGGCGGUGGUGCUGCCUCUGCAGGCGCAGCAGGUACCUCCUUCAACUCGUCCUCGCUCCCAGACCUCCUGCGCAGGUCCGGCUCGUCCAACAAGCGCAAGAAACGCAAGACCGCUCUCAAGGACGAAGAGAUCCUCUCCCGCAUCGAGCUCAUCCAGGACUUUGAGUUUCCAGAAGCCAGCAACCGCAUCGCGGCCACACGCGAUGGUCAGUCCAUCGUCGCCACAGGCACCUACAAGCCUCAGAUCAGGGUGUGGGACUGCGAGCAGCUCAGUCUCAAGUUCGAGCGCCACACAGACGCCGAGAACGUCGACUUUUUGAUGCUCUCCGACGACUGGACAAAGUCGCUUCAUCUUCAAACCGACCGAACCGUCCAGCUCCAGGCACAAGGCGGCGCGCAUGCUCGCGUCCGCAUCCCCAAGUUUGGCCGCGCUCUCGGCUACCACUUCCCCUCGGCUGAUGCCGUCGUAGCCGCCGCAGGACGAGAGGUCUACCGCCUCAAUCUCGAUCAGGGCCGCUUCCUCGCGCCAUUUGUGCUCGGCGGCGGAGACCUCGGCGAGCCCGCCGGAUGCAAUGCCAUCGACGUCAACCCAGCGCACGGUCUCCUCUGCUUCGGCACAGAAGGCACCGGCGUCGUCGAGAUGUGGGAUUCGCGCAUGCGCAAGCGCGCAGGCGUCCUCAGUGUCGCCACCGAAACCGUGCUCGAUGCAGCGCUGCUCGUCGCGCGCCGAAACUUGCCCGGCGUGCUGGACGAUGCGGACGACAUGUCGGCAACCAAGGAGGCGCUCGCCUCGCUCUCCGUCACGGCACUCGCAGGCGCAGAAGACGGCCUCAACCUCGCCGUCGGCACCAACACCGGCCAUGUGCUGCUGUACGACUUGCGCAUGGAUCGUCCAUACCAGACCAAGGACCAAGGAUUCGGUCUCCCCAUCAAGAAGCUCAUGUGGCCUGGCGACAAGGCCGCCGCCAACACCGGGGGCUCCGGACCAAGAACACGCUCCGAGGCGGAGGGCAAGGUGCUCAGUGCCGAUGCCAAGGUCAUCAAGAUCUGGGACAAGGACUCGGGCGACAACCUCGUUUCCGUCACCCCGCCCUCGGCGGCAACCGACAUCAACGAUGUGGCGCAUUACCCAGGCACCGGUCUGCUGAUGGCCGCAGUCGAGGGCACCCAGAUGGCCGCAUGGUACGUGCCUGCUCUCGGUCCCGCGCCACGCUGGUGCUCCUACAUCGACACUCUUACCGACGAGAUGGACAGCGUCGACACGGGCGGCGCCGGCGCCGGCAAGGGUGUCUACGAGGACUUCAAGUUCGUCGACCGCGCCGAGCUCGAGCGCCUCAGCAUGUCGCACCUCAUCGGCACCCAGCUGCUGCGCCCCUACAUGCACGGCUACUUUGUGUCUCUCGCGCUGUACGAGCGCGCCCGCCUGCUCAACAACCCCACAGCGUACGCCGACGCCCGCGAACGCGCCAUCAAGGCCAAGCUCGAGAACCAGGCCGAGUCGCGCAUCCGCGCCAUCAAGAAUCCCAAGCUCGAUGCCGGCGUGCGCGUCAACAAGGAGCUUGCCGAAAAGGUCGCACGCGACGCCCAGGCUGCGGCCAAGAAGCAGGCCAAGCGCGAUGCCAAGGCUGCUGCCGCGGCCGCAGAGGGCGACGCAGAGACUCCCGAGGUCGAUGGCGAGGCGGCAAAGAGCUCGGACAAACCGGGCGCGGCCAAUCUGCUGUCCGACUCGCGUUUUACGCAGCUGUUCCAGGACCCCGACUUCCAGAUCGACACAUCCAGCCGAGAGUUUGCCAUGCUCAAUCCGUCGACUGCGCUCAAGACGGCGCGCGAUGGACCGCGCAAGCUCACUGCGGUCGAGGACGAGGAGAACGAGAGCGACCGCGAGUCGGUCGAUCCCGACAUGGAGUCCGACGCGUCUUCCUCGGACGACGACGACAACGACGAGCAGGGUGGUGAUUCGGGCGACUCGUCCGACGAAGGCGAUCUUGGUCAGUAUGACCCGCGUGCACGAGACGCAUCGGGCAAGCGACCCAAGAACCUCAACCAGGCGCCCGACGUGCGCGCGCGCCAGAGGGGCGCUCGCACAGGUGCGCGUCUGGUCGACGACGACGACGGCGGAUCCGGGCGUGCAGGCGGCAAGAAGCGCAGCUUCGAAGAGAGGCUCAAGGCGUCCGGCCCUCGUCAGGCUCGCCGCCCACGUGCGGCCGACUUUAUGGACGAUGGACAGGCGCCCGUCGGUGCAAGGGAAUUCACAUGGACACCCUCAUCGGGACGCAAAGACCCCGAAGAGAGAAAGAAGUCUGGCGGCGCCAAGAAGUCGGCGGGAGAAGAGACGUUCGGGUUUGGCCUCAGCAAGGGCGCCGGUGCCUCCGAGGGCAAGGGCGUCGAGGCGCUUUCGGACGAGGCCAGGUUCGGUCGCCAGAAGCGAAGACACCCCAACCGCUCGGCUUCCAAGAACGUCAUCAUGCGCAGGACAUAG